GGGCCCCCCCAGAUGCCCAUGCCGGUGCACGAGCCACUGUCGCCCCAGCAGCUGCAGCAGCAGCAGGACAUGUACAACAAGAAGAUCCCCUCCUUGUUUGAGAUCGUGGUGCGGCCCACGGGCCAGCUGGCUGAGAAGCUGGGCGUGAGGUUCCCUGGACCCGGAGGACCCCCAGGGCCGAUGGGCCCUGGGCCCAAUAUGGGCCCCCCGGGGCCAAUGGGGGGCCCAAUGCAUCCUGACAUGCAUCCCGACAUGCAUCCCGACAUGCAUCCCGACAUGCACCCCGACAUGCACCCCGACAUGCCGAUGGGCCCUGGCAUGAACCCUGGCCCGCCCAUGGGACCCGGUGGCCCCCCAAUGAUGCCCUAUGGUCCUGGAGACUCCCCACAUUCUGGAAUGAUGCCCCCCAUCCCGCCAUCCCAGAACUUCUAUGAAAACUUUUACCAGCAGCAGGAGGGCAUGGAGAUGGAGCCGGGACUCAUCGGGGACGCAGAGGACUACGGGCACUACGAAGAGCUGCCGGGGGAGCCUGGGGAGCACCUCUUCCCCGAGCACCCUCUGGAGCCCGACAGCUUCUCUGAGGGAGGGCCCCCAGGCCGGCCGAAGCCGGGCGCCGGUGUCCCCGACUUCCUGCCCUCAGCCCAGAGGGCCCUGUACCUGAGGAUCCAGCAGAAGCAGCAGGAGGAGGAGGAGAGAGCGAGGAGGCUGGCUGAGAGCAGCAAGCAGGACCGGGAGAAUGAGGAAGGUGACACUGGAAACUGGUACUCGAGUGAUGAGGAUGAGGGUGGGAACAGCGUCACUUCCAUCCUUAAGACCUUGAGACAGCAGACGUCUAGCAGACCCCAGGCUUCCGUCGGGGACCCGAGCAACAGUGGGCUGGGGGAUCCCCGCCUCCAAAAAGGACACCCCACAGGAAGCCGGCUGGCUGACCCUCGCCUCAGCCGGGACCCCAGACUCACCCGCCACGCCGAGGCUUCCAGCGGGUCUGGCCCAGGAGACACAGGGCCCUCCGACCCUCGGCUGGCCCGCUCCCUGCCCACCCCCAAACCUGAAGGCAGCCUUCAUUCCAACCCUGCAGGCCCCAGCGGCUCCAAGGGGUCUGGACCACCCCCUACAGAAGAGGAGGAAGGGGAGCGGGCCCUGCGGGAGAAGGCCAUGACCAUUCCCCUGGACCCUCUCCCCGGGCACCCGCUGCGGGACCCGAGAUCACAGCUGCAGCAGUUCAGCCACAUCAAGAAAGAUGUGACCCUGAGCAAGCCAAGCUUCGCCCGCACCGUGCUGUGGAACCCCGAGGACCUGAUCCCCCUGCCCAUCCCCAAGCAGGACGCGGUGCCCCCUGUCCCUGCGGCCCUGCAGUCCAUGCCCACCCUGGAUCCCAGGCUGCACCGUGCCACUGCCACGGGGCCUCCCAACCCCCGACAGCGCCUGGGCACCUCCACAGAGCCCGGCGCAUCUGGCUCCAACCUGCCUGACUUUGAGCUCCUCUCUCGCAUCCUUAAGACGGUCAAUGCCACGGGCCCCUCAGCGGCCCCUGGCUCCAGCGACAAGCCUAGUGACCCACGGGUGCGGAAGGCACCUACCGACCCUCGGCUUCAGAAACCAGCAGACUCCACUGCCUCCUCCCGGGCUGCCAAGCCUGGCCCCACCGAAGCAUCCUCUCCAGCCGGCAGCCCCAGCGGGGAGUCCUCCCCACCAGCCACGGCCCCCUAUGACCCCCGAGUGCUGGCUGCCGGCGGGCUGGGCCAGGGCAGCGGGAGUGGGCAGAGCAGCGUGCUGAGUGGCAUCAGCCUGUACGACCCCAGGACUCCCAACGCAGGUGGCAAAACUGCAGAGCCGGCCGCCGACGUGGGCGCCCAGCCCAAGGGCCCCGAGGGCAAUGGCAAGAGCUCAGCCGCCAAGGCCAAGGAGCCCCCAUUCGUCCGCAAGUCCGCCCUGGAACAGCCGGAAUCUGCGAAGUCCUCUGCGGAUGGGGCCGCUGCCACGGCCACAGACAGAUACAACAGUUAUAACCGGCCCCGGCCCAAGGUCGCGGCAGCCCCCACCGCUACCCCGGGCGCCCCAACACCAGAGGGCGCCUUGCCCCAGCCUGGCGUGCACAACCUGCCCGUGCCCACCCUCUUUGGGACUGUGAAACAGACGCCCAAGACGGGCUCUGGGAGCCCAUUUGCCGGCAACAGCCCAGCCCGCGAGGGCGAGCAGGACGCGGGGUCCCUGAAAGAUGUUUUUAAAGGCUUUGACCCCACUGCCUCCCCCUUUUGCCAGUAGUGUUAAGCUGGAGUCAAGCGCUCCCUGCACCCCACCCUUCCCAGGGCAAUAUUUAAGGGCAGCAACCAGAGUUGGGAACUUGGGGGGAGGGGGGCUCUGGGUGUUUUUUUUUUUCCUUAUUUUGUUUUCUCUCUCCAUGUGUCUCUCUCUCUCUUCUCUCUCUCUUUUUCUCUUUUUUAGUAGUACUUUCGUUACAACAUAUAAAUUGUAUAUAACCAUUUUCAGUCCGUUCUGGUCAGUGCUGCAGGACUCCCAGGCUCCCGCCAAGAAAACCUCCUUCUGCACGUGAACAGUUGUGAGUCCCCUGGGCCUCAGCCCCAGCUGGCACUUCCUCUGGCCAGGCUCAGUUAUCAGGGACUCUCUAAAAGCUGGAGCCCCAGUCUGGUGGCUGGGGGUCCGGUGGGUUUUCUGGGCAAAGCUUGGCCCCUCCUCCGCCCCCUGCCCACCCCCGAGGACAAAGGGAACAGUAGGUAUCCGAAGGCACUGAAUGCUGCUCACCCCACAUGAGCGAGGAGAGAUGAAGCCGAGACAGUGGUCAGGCCCUGCAUGGAAGCAGGUCCAAGUGUUUCUAGAACCCCAUCACUUCUGCAGGGGGCAGGCCCUGACGACCUGCUUCAGAGACCGAAGGAAGGAGACAAUUUGAAAGAAAAGCAGAGAGCCCUCGGAAGCUGCCUGGGCCGGGAGAAGCAGAGCCCCAUCUGCUCCUGUCUCCGGAUUCGCACACUGGCCUCCCUGCCGCCCUCCGUCCAGAGUUCGUCCUCAGACCCACACCCUCCGCCCACAUCAGAAGACUCCAGGGUGAGAGAUGGACCUGGAGGUGGCAGGGCUGGUGUGGGGCGGCAUACCCCAAAAGCUGCCUCCAGGAGGCAGCCUCCGCGUGUUUUCUGUCAGUAUUAGCCCCUGUCCUGUCCCGUCCUGCCGUGGCCACGCCUCCUCCCCUCAGGCUGGGGGUCUUUCCUGGUCCUCAGGAGCCAGAGCACCCAGUGUGCUGGUCCCAGCCCCUUAGGGGAUAGCUCAAGGAUCCGUGGUGUGGCCACUCCACCAGGCUCCCGACAGAGCCCCAGGUGGUUCUUGGCAAAGUGUUCAUGCUCUCUGCUUGCUUUGAACCUCCUUGCACCUUGUCUAACUUAGGGCCCGUGGUUUUGAUGUGUGCGGUUUUCUUCUCAGCUGACAGGUGCAUGGGUUCAGAGGUAUGUCACAGUGUUGGAUUUUGGGGGCUUGAGGAAAGGGCAGGAGACUAGCCAGGGCAGGGUGGGGGCUGCCGGGCCCUCUCCAGGAGAGGGCCCAGCAGGAACCCCGCUUGCAGGUGGAGGGUGCGGAACCAGAAACCUGCAUCAUGCUCCCCUCCUCCGGCUGAGCCGGGAUGGGAGCAGAGACGUCUGCACUGGGCUCCCACCACUUGCCCCAGGACCCUGGCUGAGGUCCAGAGAAGGCCCACCCUGUGGAGGUGGCCUGGGGAGACCAGCCCAUGGCUCGGGGGUCCUUCCCACCUGUGUGUAAGCACAUGCUGGCAGUCUCUUGCCUUUUUCUUCUCAUCCCAUUCACCCCACCUGCCUUGCUUAAGGCCCCCACCUAUUCCUUGCUAAUAAUGAGGAAACCUGAUGACCCAGCCAAAGGGUUUCCCCUCCCACCUCCUUGGGGUGGGAGGUGAAUGAGGCUCCUAUACCAAACCCCUCUCCCUGGAAAAAAGAAAAAAGUCAUUGAGUUUGGGGCCAGAAGCUAGGGCGGGAGAAGGCAGCCCACAGGGUCAGUGCGCCGUGAUCAGGUUGGUUUGGUUUGUCUCUUUUUUGUUUUUGUUGUUUUUAAGCAAUCAUUAGUGAGAUUUUUCUUCAGCCACCAGUGUUGGCCUUGAAGCGAAGGGCUGCAGCCCUUGGUGUUUGUAAAAAUAAGUAAGAAUACACAGUGUGGCUAUGGGUUUGUUUGUUUUUUUUUCUCCCUCCUUUGAGAAUUUUCUUUUGUAAAAGCAAAAUUAAAUACUUUUUUAAAACCGAAAUCUGUGGAUGAAAUAGAAGCUGGAACCCUCCUGUCGGAAUAUUCAGCCUAAGAACCUCAUGGGACUAUGAAUUCCCCCGAAAUUUUCAUUUGCCAUCAGGCCAAGCUUUUAAAAACAAAAUGUUCUCUAACCAGGAUUGUAACAAAAGUGUAAAUACUACUUCAGAGUUGAGAGUUGAUGGUGCAAAUAUGUAUAUAACGUACUGUAUUUUUACAAUGAUCAUCGCAUGACUGUCCCAGCCCCCUUUUUGUACUCCUUAUCUGUCUUCCAGAAAUGUCACCUGCCCUUUCUCCUGUGGUCUCUUAAUCCAAUAAUUGUAUUACUGCCAUUAAAGGAUGCAGUUAUUUUAAAA